CGUACAUUCGAGGUUUUGCCAUUUGCAAACUUUUCAAACGUGUUGGAGUGCACGCAUCUUGUUACUGUACACAUCGAUCGAAAACACAGGAAAUGGCAUCAGAUACAACAAGUUCAACUAAGGUGCAGAAGCUUGACCCUGGAUCGGAAAGUAAUGGCGGCGGAGAUUUUGAUACGGAAUCUAAGAUGCAAAAAACACUUGAGGACAUCGAUUUGUGCCAAAAUGAAAUUGACUUUUUAAAUGAAAAAGCGAGUGAAGAGAUUUUGAAGGUGGAACAGAAGUAUAACAAACUCAGACAACCACAUUUUGAUACAAGAAACAAACUGAUCCAGCAAAUUCCCAACUUUUGGGUUACUGCAUUUGUCAAUCAUCCACAAAUUUCAGCUAUCCUGGAUGAAGAAGAAGAGGAAUGUUUACAUUAUUUAAAUAAGGUUGAAGUUGAAGAGUUUGAGGACAUUAAAUCUGGCUACAACAUUAAGUUCCACUUUUCACAGAAUCCAUAUUUCACAAAUGAAGAAUUGUGUAAAGAGUUUCAUCUUGCAACAACAGGUGAUCCUGCUUCCAAAUCAACAAAAGUAGAGUGGAAAGAUGGGAUGAACCUGUGCAAGAAAGCACAACAAAAUGCAGAAAAGAAUGGGCGGAAACGUAAGAUGGGAUUUGCUCGGAAUUUCUUCUCGUGGUUUCUCGAUAACACUGACCCAUCAGCUGACGACAUUGCUGAGGUAAUUAAGGAUGACAUGUGGCCCAAUCCAUUACAGUACUACCUGGCACCUGACAUUGAAGUGGAAGAGAAUGGCAUCAGUGAUGAUGAAGACGACUUUGAUGAUUCUGUGGUCCUUGUUGAAGAUGAAGAGGAUGAUGAUGACGAUGAUGAAGAGGACGAUGAGAUUUAUGAUGUGGAUGAUGAUGACGAAGAAGAUGAUUUGGAAUGUUCAGCUGGUGUAGAAAUCUUGGAUGAUGACGAGGAAGGUGACGAGUCUGAAGAAAAGAUUGCAUCUGAAACACAGGGCGAGAAGGCGGACGAAUCCAUGACAAAGAGUGAAUCCAACACGAAGGGUGAUUCCAAAUCAAAAGAAGAAGAGGGUUAAACUCACCUGCGACAUAAAGACUCUUUAACACAUUGUACAUAAGUUCAUUAAUACUUUACACUGUAUAGUUGUUCAUGUCGACAUGUAAACUUGUGAAAAGCAGGCCAACCAAAUUCAGUCUUUUACUUUUCUCUACAGUAUGUGUUUUGAUCAGUGCCUUGCUGAACAUUAUAUACACAUCUCUCAGGGAUUAUAACUUACUGCAAGUAGGACACCAAGUGGUCUCUGUAGUAAAUAGCAACACUUGAUUGUAAUGGCUGUUAUGGUGUGAGCCUGCUAUUUACUUGUGUUUUCUGCAAUACCAGGCCCCGUACUUCUAAAAGAAACCUAAACUCAAGGCUUUAUUAAAGUGUGGAGACCUUUAACAUCAUAGCCAGACCAUAUAUGUUAAAGAAAUUCAGACUUUAAUAAUUUUAUUAGCAUAGUGCCUGAUUUUUUAAAACAAUGCAGGGAAUACUGUUGCAUACUUGAGUAAUGAAUCCUAACAAGCAUGGAUCACAGUCUGUCAGUAAUAAAGAUGACGCAACUGACUCAAUGUGAAGACAUUUGCCCCGCCCCCGUCACAUACGCUUCUGGGUAUGUUCAAAUCAAUCGGCAAAACACCAACCUUGUAAAGAGACUGACAUGAAAUGGCUUCAGUAAUAAGUAACGUUCUGACCAGACCUGCACUAACUUUGACGUUUUACUACCUAACAUGCAUACACACAAACACAGUACUAAACAACUCUUAGACUAAGGAAUUGUGCGUUCUGUAAGUUGAUUAUUGUGUUGGAAAUUGAUGUUUUUAUUAUAGUAUUUGAAAGUUGUCCACCACGAUUGUCCAGUUUGUAAACGUAAAAUUAUGAUUUUCACGUUGAACAUGAAUAUCCCAAAUAAAGAAUUUCCAGUACAAUUGAACAAAUAUCAAGACUGUUGUGAAAUUGUUGCAUAGAUUUUGUUUUUACAUGUUGGUUAGUGUGCAAUUCAGAAUCUUGUGAACAAUGUAUAGUUUAAUGGUAAGGUGGGGUUUUCUCUGUUCUGAAUGUGUUUAUUUUGGGACCAGUUGGUAGGAUUUGGUGGGGGAUGGUCAGGUGAUAGCUGAUAUUUGAAUAUGGAUCGUCACAUAUUAUUGUUUAGCCAGUGUUAACACUUAUUUUUAUCACUAUAUCAAAAUGUAGUCUUCUCACAUCUUCAGUUUCACAUGCCAUGUAGGGUGACUUGCUCAUUUUCAUACUAACAUAGUCAUUUGUUUUAUGUUUACGAUGUUACUUUUUACAGUAUUUGUGUCUCACAAUUACUAUUCAUAUUUAAUGGACAAGUUGUGACAGAUCAUUUCUUGGUAUAUUGAUUCUGAUUUAUUCAAAGUGUUUGGUGCAUUCAUUGUUUUGUUUUUUUAAUAUUCUGUGCUUAAGGGUUUCUUCUUGCUACUGUUUGGUCAUAUAUCUGUGUGCUUUGUCAUCCAUUUUAAAUUAUGAAUUGUUAAAUUCCUUUGUAGAGCUCCCUUGUGUAAGUUACUGUAACAUGUUACCUUGUAUUGGUGUGCCAAAUGUAAAAGUAGAGACAGAUAAUGAAUAUUUCAUAUACAUCUUUUACUUUACAUUGAUUGGGUUUAGGGUGUGUUGUAGAGUAGCUGUAAGUCUCUGUGCUUACUGUGCUUACACUAAUAGUCAAAAUCGUCUUAUAUCCAACUCAACUGCUAUUAAAUCUGUAAUUUUAAUGCAAAUUUUUAUUACCCUUGCAGUUUACUACUAAGUUCCAAACAUUCACUUUGAUAAAUAUUAAUGCUACAAUUAAAAGAUGGAAUAAUGUCAGUAUUUGUUAAUAUUGUUAUCCAGUUACAUUUGUUAACACAUCUGUCUGUUUUGUACAUGGUUUUAGUAUUCUAUUGUACAUAUAACAUUUUGGUGUGACUUUUUAUUUGUGGUUUUGUGUCUCACUAAACGAUUAAUAUUUUUAAUGUUGAUCUUCAGGGCAGCGAUAAUAUUUUUUUCUGUGACCAAAUAUUACUUAAAAUAACCUCUACAUCUAAUAUUUAUUAAUAAUGAAAUAAAUUUAGUCAGUUCUCAUAUGACUGGUUUCAGUGCUUUAUAACAGAAGCACAUGAUGUUAUAUGUUUGGUAUAUAUAAACAAGUAAUUAAAAAAAUAUCUUCUUAA